CCUGAAUUUUGCCUGAGUGAAAAGCUGUCGCUUCAGGAUUGGUCCUGGAACAGUCAUUGAAGCGCGCACGAGGAUCGAGAAGCCAUACAAAACUGAAGAGAACGCUUCGGAAUAGGCCUCGUUAUCGAAAGGAUUAAGCACAUACGGCUUUUGCAGGUAUAUUUUCACCCAGGAAUCGGAGGGAAUGGACCCGCGGAAAGUGACAGAAUUAAAGGCCUUUGUGGCGAUGUGCAAAGAGGAUCCCUCCUUGUUGCACCUGCCCGAAAUGGCAUUCUUGCGAACCUGGUUGCAGGGAAUGGGAGCAACCAUCCCAUCAGCUCCUGGCAAUGAGUCGUCAUCAUGCAGGGGCGGCUGUCCGUGUGGCCCGCCACCCUCCGCAUCCAAACCACCACCUGAGCCAAGCCCGCCAUCAGAGAGUGAGGAGAGCGAUCUGGAUAUUGACAAUGAUGGAGUCAUUGAGGCAGACACAGAUGCGCCACAGGAGAUGGGAGACUUUGAAAACCUUGAGGUGACGGACGAGAUGAUGGAUGAGGCAAACACAAAGAAAAUGGAAGCAAUUGAAGCCCUGGGAGAAGGGGACAUGCAGAAAGCUCUGGAUCUCUUCACAGAAGCCAUCAAACUCAACCCCUGUCUGGCUAUCCUCUACGCCAAGCGAGCUAGUGUGUAUAUCAAGAUGCAGAAGCCUAACGCUGCCAUCAGAGACUGCAAUCGAGCCAUUGACAUCAACCCAGACUCUGCACAGCCUUACAAAUGGAGAGGAAAGGCACACAGACUGCUGGGGCACUGGGAGGAGGCAGCUAAGGACCUGGCCAUGGCCUGCAAACUGGACUAUGACGAAGACGCCAGCGCUGUGCUGAAGGAAGUUCAGCCCAAGGCAAACAAAAUCGCCGAGCACAGGCGGAAGUACCAGCGCAAGCGUGAGGAGCGGGAGCUGAAGGAGAGGCAGGAGAGGGUGAAGAAGGCCAAGGAGGAGCACGAGAGGGCUCAGAGGGAGCAGGAGGCCAGGCAACAGGCAGGCGGAGCAGGAGCGGGCGCAGCCGGAGGGUUCCCAGGAUUCCCAGGUGCUGGCGGGUUCCCAGGGGCUGGUGGCUUCCCAGGUGGAGCAGGUGGAUUUCCGGGUGGAGCAGGUGGCUUCCCAGGUGGAGCAGGUGGAUUUCCGGGCGGCAUCCCCGGUCUGGACAAACUCCUGAGUGACCCGGAAGUCCUCAUGGCCAUGAAGGACCCUGAUGUCAUGGCUGCCUUCCAGGAUGUGGCGCAGAACCCUGCCAACAUCGCCAAGUACCAGAACAACCCCAAGAUCAUGGCUCUCAUUGCCAAACUCAGCACCAAGUUUGGUGGCGCGCAGCCCUAGAGUGCUACAACGCAGCAAGGGAAGUAGAAAUGAGGAGGAGAAAAAAAAAAACAUGGGGUGGGUGGGUUGAUGGAGAUGGUUUUGAUGAUGCGUUGUUUAGUGAGUGUGUGGAGGGGGAAUAAGGGGGUGGAUUUCAAAAGGCUUCCCAGGUGUGCACCAAUGUCAUGGGGAGGGACUGGAGGCAAGGCCUAGCCCUUUUGGGGAGUUGUAAAAAAUGGUAUGGCCAAAGCAGUCUUAAGGAGAGGUGGCCUUAGCCAUAUGCAUGCAGUACACACUCCCACAGGAGGUUUCAUCGGCACUGAAGAGGGCAGCAGAUGCCCGAAAUAACCAUUAACAUGGGGCCAGCCUGCUUCAGGCAUACAGCACUUCUUUUACAAAAUUACACAGCGAUGGUGCAGGACUCAAACCAAAUCUAUUUUGGAAUAUAAAGUAGACAUUGAUGAUGAUGAUGCGUGUGUGUACAUCAGUCUCCACGCUUUUAGUGGAAGAGUAGGCUGUUAGUGGAUUUGAUCUAGGGAAAAAAGUAACUCAUAACUACAAAAAUCAGCAAAUCUCGGGUGGUUGAGCAGAUUUAGACUUCUUGUUACUGAGAACAUCAAGACAGCAACAGGUCUCUGGUGGACUUCACUCUCCCUCAGGAUUUUUUCUUUUACAUGUUUUACUUACCUCUCCACUAUAAUGUAAUAUAUUCCCUGUAUGUCUUUCUUGCUCCGAAUUAAAAAAGCAAAAAUUGAGAUGUAUAACAGUUUGCAAUCAUUAAAAAGGACAUUUCUGAUUGUUGGAAAA